AUGCAAGAACGUGCGACAAAAAUUAAGGAGUCUGAUGCCAUAGUUCUGCUGUCGUCUGAGUACAACUCGGUCAUUCCUCCAGCCCUGACCAACAUGCUGUGUCACUUCAGCCCUAGUUUGUUUACAUGCAAGCCCAGCGGGAUUGUGACAUAUUCCUUGGGAGUUUUUGGUGGCAUGAGGGUAACUAUGCAACUGCGAGCUCUCCUUGGUGACAUGGGAUGUUUAAGCAUUGGCAACACUUUCUGUAUACCAGAGGUGAAUAAAGCACUGGAUGAAAAUGGCAUCCCUCUGAAUGACAACGUGGUUAGGGGCGCAGCGAAAAUGAUUUCACAGUUGGAUUGGGUGACUAAGGCAUUGAAAAGUCACAAGGGCAACUUUGGCUUACCUUAG